CACAGUACUAGACAGUCAUGGUGAUUUAGGGUUUACUAAAAGCAGUAAUAUGUUAAUUGACAAAUCUGGGGAGACUGAACAAAAUUCUGAACAUAAGACUGUAACUGAUGAACUAAGUUCUGCAGUCAGUUCUGCAGUUGAAUUUGCUGCUGAUCAUAAAACAUUAGCUGCUGAAGAUUUACUUGCUGAUAGUGGUGGUUAUACAAAACCAGUACUAAUGGAUUCUGAUAGACUAGAUGGUGUUAUUAGCAAUAUAAUCCAAUCCAAGGAAGAACAAGAAGUACAUGUUAACCAAGCCUCUAAUAUUGAUAAAAAUCAGAUUGAUUCUGUCAUUAAAACCAGUGAUGUGGAACAUAAUAGCCAAAUACUUAAAAUUGACGUACCAAGCAUUGAUUUAACCGGUGAUGGCCAACAGCAAGUCAUGGAAAAAGUUCUGUUGGAUGUUCCAGAGUCCCCUUCUGCAGAAGUCCAACAACAGCUUUUGACCAAUACUGAUAAUCAAGUCAGCCAAGAACUACAAGCUGAUGUUGUACAGUUGGUUUCUCCAAAUGAAGACCAACAUGAACAUAUACACCUUUCAGGCCAACAGCAAGUCAUGCAACAAAUUUUGGUGGAUGUUCCAGAGUCGCCUUCUGCUGAAGUCCAACAGCAGCUUCUGAUCAAUACUGCUAAUCAAGUCAACCGAGAACUACAAGCUGAUGUUGUAGAGGUGGCUUCUCCAACUGAAGACGAACAAGAACAUAUUCAUCUUUCAGUUUCAGACGAUGGUUUCCAACAAACCCCACAUGAAGUGUUGCUUGAUGCUUCAAGUUCCAAUCCACAGAGUGAUGGCCAAGAAAAGAAAAACCAAGAAAUAACAUUGGAUGUAGUUAAUUUGCCCUUGCUUGCUGAAGACCGACUACCACUCCUUGAAACUCAAGAUAUGGUUUCACAUAAGGAAUCUCAAGAAGUCAACCAGAAACCUGACUUAGAUGCUCAACAAGAACUCAAUGAAAAACUACAGUCAGAUGUUCAAAGCUCUGUUUUGAGCAGUAAAGACAAACAGAUGCCUGCUGCUGAUAUUAUUACUGAUUAUCCUACAAUUCAUGCUGGUGAAAAGAGCCUUAUGGUUAGUAGCAAAGCAGUCUCUCUUAGUCUUGCUCAGGAAUGGCUAUUAAUGACCAAGAUCUUACAAUGUAAACAUAAGAAAUAUUUCACUACAGAAAUACCACGUGAUAAAUUUGAAUCAAAGAAAAUUGAAAUUCAAACAUUUUCAAAGAACUUUGAUAAAGUCUUACAUUCGCAUUCUGUUUCCUACUUCAAUAAGUCUUCAAUAAGCAUUGGCACAGAAUGGCUAUUAUUUAGUAAUGUGUUAUCCUUUACUCAGCUAUCAAAAGUACAGAAAAUAAGUGUUAAAAGGUUACCGAACAAAACUGCAGAGGACGCUGCUACUGGCUCUGGUAAACUGCUACAAACAAUUUCUAUUGCUCAUGAAAAUAAUGAUGUGUGUCACAGUAUCAGCUUUGAGUCCCUUGUAUUCAACCAAAAGAUGCAAAGUAUACAAGAUGAAUCUUCAAUCCCUCAGAAUUCCAUUGUGAACCCUGUCAGUGCUAACCUUACCGAUGUUGCUGACUCAGGAUUAACAAGUCAAAUUUUGAAUUAUAACGAUGGCAGUACUGAGGAUGAUAAUCUUGAUGAAGUCAUCUUAAGGAAUGGAGUAACAUCGAUGGUCAGUACACCUCAUAGAUUUUAUGACGAUUCAUGUGCAAAUAACAUUUUAACUUGGUUGGAAUCAGCCUUUAAAUGUGAAGUACAAGAAAUAGACAUUGUUGAGGAAGCCCAGUUUAUUAGCAAACAGAAAAUAGAUGGUAAUCAUUCAAUCUUUUCUUGCAGCUUUAUGGAUAUAUUUUUUUUCACUUGUUGCAAUGAUCAAGUUAACCCACAAAAAGAUGAUUCAGGCACAUGUUCUUAUAGCAAAAAUUGUACUCUUUCAGGUCAGGGCCCUAUGAGAGACAUCGUCCCUGUUACUGAAGUGUUGUCUUGUUCCCAGCAUUUUAUUGAAUUUAUAGGUCCCCAGAAUGUGUGUUUCAUACAUGAAAGCUUAGUGGAAUCCCAUCUUGAUGUUAAUCCAAGACAAAUGAUUCCUUUGGGAGCCUGCCUUUCGGUUGUUAAUGUAUUUCUUCCUCAACCUAAAGAAAGUAAUUUGUGCACUGUCGAGGUGGCACAGCCAAUGUUGGAAAGACCAGAAGUAAGUGAAGACAAGGCUUUUAACAAUAUUCCAUCAAUAAUUCCGUCAACAAUUUCAGAUGAACAGCAAUCCCAGUACAGUAAAACAAUUGAUUUUCUAAGGUUUAUAACAGCUUUAAGUCAGCCUAUGAGCUAUUUAAAAUUUAAAGGAAGCUUAAAAGUAGUUCAAGUGUAUUCCAAUGGUGAAGGUUACAAGAGUUCUAAUACUGUAGUUUCUCAGACUUCAAAACUUAGCACUACAGAAACUUUCAGAGGCAGCAGUAGUAGAAAUAAUAUAUUGGAGAUUUUCUAUCCAAUUCAUCGUCAACAGUGUAGAGAGUUGAUACAGCCAGCCAAUCUAGAAGUUCCACAAACAACUUGUCAUAACAGUGUUUUAGAAAUCUUUCUACCUAUGAAAAAUAUGAAAUGUGCUCUCAGUGAUGAUGCAGUAGAAACAUCAAAAGAAAACUCAUUUGUUGGUGAAAAUUCUGUUCAGCAGAUAUUCAAAAACAAAGAUUAUUCUAGCGUAAAUUAUGUUGAAAACAUGAAAAUAGAAUCUGAUAACCUGUCUGUUUGCCAAAACAUUUUUUUUAAUAUUCUACAACCAUAUGACAGACUACAGUGCAAUUUGAAGCUACCUAAAUCAGAUAUCAAGGCACACAGUCCGAAUAAAAGUUGUCCAAACAUUGUAUUAGAGGUGUUUUUCCCUAAGCAUAAAAUGAAAUGUGAAGCAAACUGGAGUCAAGCAGAAUUAGAUAAAAGAAUCCCUCCACCUGGUGGUUCAUUUGGUUUUUCAAAUUCUGUCUUAGAAUUAUUUCUACCAAUAUAUAAAUUGAAGUCACAGGCCAUUUCCAAAAACAGUCUUCAGAGAUCUAGUAUACCUCUGAGUUGUCACAAUGAAAUUUUAUCCCUUUUUCUGCCAGUGCAUAAAAUGAAAUGUCAAGCAAUAAUAAAUAAAUCCUUGAAUAUUAUAUACUCCUUGACCUGUCCAAAUUCUGUGUUAGAAUUAUUUGAGCCAACACAUAAAUUGAUAUGUAAAGCAGAGUUGCAAAAUGUACAAAUUAAACACCAUACAUCUGAGGGAUAUCCUAAUGUUGGUUUAGAGGUUUUACUUCCAGCAUAUUUACCAGAGCACUCAAACUUUUCCAACAGCUGUCCAAAUUCUGUGUUACAUAUGUUCCUUCCUGAUUGCAAAGUUAAAUGUAGAUCAAGAUUACCUGUUCAUGAUAAAAGCUGCCCAAAUUAUGUUCUUGAAAUUCUUCUUCCAUCAUAUAAAUUGAAAUGCCCAGGCUUGCAAAUUGAACCAAUUAAACACUGUACAUCUUUGAUGUGCCCUAAUUUUGUUUUAGAGAUGUUACUUCCAGUAAAUAGAAUGCAAUGCAAAGUUCCAAUGAAUAUUGGAUACUCAAGAAAACGCUUGGAGAGUAGUCCAAAUUCUGUAUUGGAAAUGUUUUUACCAGUACAUAAAUUAAAAUAUAAAGAGCCUGAUCUUUCUACCAGUUGUCCAAAUCAAGUUUUACAAAUGUUACUUCCAUCUCAUAAACAAAAAUGUGUAAUUGAUGUUAUUGAAGUAAGGAAAGAAAACACUUCUAACACCUGCCCAAAUUCUGUUUUACAAAUGUUUCUUCCUGAUUAUAAACUGAAGUGUAAAUUGAAAUGUAAAGCCCAACAUCUUUCUACAAGUUGUCCAAAUCAAGUUUUACAAAUGUUACUUCCAUCUCAUAAACAAAAAUGUGUAAUUGAUGUUAUUGAAGUAAGGAAAGAAAACACUUCUAACACCUGCCCAAAUUCUGUUUUACAAAUGUUUCUUCCUGAUUAUAAACUGAAAUGUAAAUUGAAAUGUAAAGCCCAAGAUCUUUCUACAAGUUGUCCAAAUCAAGUUUUACAAAUGUUCCUUCCAUCUCAUAAACAAAAAUCUGUAAUUAAUGUUAUUGUAGGAAGGAAAGAAAACAUUUCUUACAACUGUCAAAAUUCUGUUUUACAAAUGUUCCUCCCUGAUUCCAAACUGAAAUGUAAAGGAAGCUUACCAAUUUAUAGUACUGGCUGCCCAUAUUAUGUUCUUGAGAUGUUUCUUCCAUCAUACAAAUUGAAAUGCCCAUUAAAUGCAAAGUUGGUAACAACCUCUUGUCCAAAUACUGUGCUAGAACUAUUCCUGCCAUUAUUCAAAUUGAAAUGCAGAUCUGAAAUAAUUUAUUCAAAAACUGGAAUUGUUGAUCAGAAAGAUUGCCCGAACACUGUUUUACAAUUGUUUCUACCAGCUCAUAAGUUAAAGUGUAAUGUAGCCCAGACUUUAUCUUUUGAAAAUUCUGUCUGCAAUGAUGAUAUUCUUGAGAUAUUUCUACCAAUUUUUAAGCAAAAAUGUUUAGUUAAACAAUUAGGCAAACUUUUGAAACGUGGUGAUGAUUGUGUCAACAAUGCACUGGGUGUGCUACCUCAGAACAGUCAAACAUGUAAUGGUGAAAUCAUGAAGACUGAAAAACCCAAUGAAUCUAAAGAUAAUAGUUCUGAUUGCUUGAACUUGAUGUGGCUGUGGCAAAGGUUAGCUACCACCAACCAAAUAUGCCAUGCAGUACAUUCAACAACAGAAAAAGCAACAUCGUUUGAUGAGGAUGUCACAGGUGUCUGCCCAAACACUAUCUUAAUCAUGUUGAUUCCAAAGCCAGUGUGUAAGAGAGUGCCGAAAAACAGAAUUAUGAAACCUGAUGAACAGAUUACCACAUCUGAAUUUAAUGACACAGUUGUUAACCCUGUGGUGACAUCUGCCUUGGAUAAUGUCUGUUACAACUUGGCCCUUGUUUGGCCAUUGGCGGAUACUCAAUGUAUAGUAAAAGAAAGAAAGUCUACAAUUUUUACCCCAAAUCAUAAAGUUUUCAUUAGUCCGGAUGGAGAAGUUAAAGAACGGUUGGUAACCCAAUUGAUGAUGAGCCAGUCUGCUUCUCCUGAUGUUGAACAACUUCCUGUUGAAAUUCAGAGUCAAGGAAGGAUUGCUGAACGUGGUAGGAGAGACUCAACAAACAUCAACGAUCAAUUGAAUCCAACUGAGUCUGAAGGUGGUAGUACAGAAACAUCAAAUAAGGUAAGCGAUGAACUGUUUGAAUUUAAAAUUGAUCGUGACGUUCUUUCUAAUCAAGAAAAAGAAGGUAGUUCCAUACAUGUGCAACCAGAAAGGGAUUUUAUUGUUGGUAAGAAUUCACAGCUAAAUAAUGAAGUUGAUCCAGCUACAAGUCAGGAAAAAUAUUUAAAUGAAGAAGAAUCAUAUACUGCUGAUGUUAAAAGUGACAGUGUGCAAGAUCAGAAUGAGGAUACCAUUGAUUCAAAUUAUGUUGUGGUAGACAGUCUUCAAGAACCAUCUGAUGAAAAAUAUGGAAGACAAUCAGAUUCAGUUGGAAGUGAUGAUAAACAUCCAACUGAUUCUGUUGAAGAGAAUACAGUUGCAUAUGAGUCUGAAGUAGCUGAUAAAAGACAACAAUUUUCAUUGGAGUAUAGUGAUUCCAUAGAAGAGAAGGUAAUUCUUCAAAAGUCCGAAGAAGACAGAAAACCAGAUUAUAUUGACAGUAAAGAGCAUGAUAAACAUUCUAAAGACAUUACUGAUAUGAAAGAAAGUGUAUUUGUGGAUCAUCCUUAUGAUCAUAGUAUUGACCUUGGGGAUCCAGUGAAAGGCAUUCGAAUACAUGAUGAGCAGGAAGAAAAGUUACAUGAUGAUACAUUUGAAAAAGAAAAAAAUGAAGAAGAAUGGUUGGAAUCUAUGAUUGCCAAGAUGAAUGAAGAAGAGAAAGUUGAAGAAGAUGAUAAACGGAAAUUAAGUGAAGAAAUGGCUGAAUAUAGUCAACAGGAAGCCAAAAAACAUGCUGAAGAAAUUAUGAAAGAUAUGAAAAAUAUGGAAUAUAUUAGUGAAUUUGAUACUGAUGAAGAUGAGGAAUACAAUGAGGCCAGCAUUAUCAAUAACAAUCAAAAUCAACAACCUGAAGAUUUGAAAACACACGAGGAAGAUGAAAGGGCACAAAACGAUAACAUAAACCUUGAAAUUGACAAUUUGGAUGACAGGAAAGCUCCGAAUCUGGAACCGUCACAAGAAAACCAUGAUGAGUUGAUUGAAAGUAAAGCUAAAUAUAGACUUAAAAGCUUAUUUAUUGCAGAUAGACUGGAACAGAAAGCAGAAAAUAAUAAUGUUUUUCAAGGUGUUGGUGAUGAUCAAAACAGUAAGGAUGAAAGCAGAUUAGAUCCUGAUAAACAACUGACAGAAAAUGAAGAUGAUACUGUGUUAAAUUUUGCAAAAAGUCACCAUUUCAAUUUUGGGGUUGGCUUAGAAGAGUCAGCAGAAAAGUCAGGAGAUUCACCACCUAAUCUACAACAUCAGAAGGAAGAUUUAAAUCUGAACUCUAAUGGACCAUUUAAUGACUCACUCGCAUCACCUGAGGGACCAAAAGAAAUUUUGAGUGUACAUGUAGAUGUGAAUGAGCUUUCAGCAGAAAUUGAUAAAUCAGAAGAAGUUGAUUAUAAAGUAGGGGAUUAUAGGAUCUUAUCAAACCAAGAAACACUUCAACAAUCAGCUAUAGAAAAUGAAAAAGAAACCGAUGAGAAGAAAAUGAUCGAAAUAAGUGAAGAGUUGUCAAAAAUUGAAUUUAGUCACAAAAGAGAUGGAACACAUGAGGAAGCACUCAAAGACAAGAAAUUCAGAAAGAGAUUUUCUAGAUUCUCAAAAGACAAAUUACAUAUCCAGCAGCUAAAUCAUGAUCAAGUUGAAAAAGAAUUUAUAAAUUUUAGGGAAAGGCAAAGUAAAAGUGGUCAUGUUGGAAAAAAUUCUGAAACUACUCUUGCUAAUGAAAAUAUUGUAGUAGAUUCUGAUAGCACUGAUGAUCUUGAUUUAAAUGCUGAUCAUAGUGAGAAUCAUCAAGAAUUUGAUGGCAAUGGUCUGACUAAGGAGGAUAAAAACAAGGAAGACAUAAAAGCAACACCAUUUGAAAGUGAAGGAGAAAAUGCUAAAGGAAAUACUGAGGAAUCUGAUGUCAUAUCCAAUAAUGUUCACCUGAACUCUUUCGAAGAUGAUUUAGGUACCAGGGAAGAAGAAAAUGAUCAGAAAGAAGAUGAUGAUGAUAUACAUCAUGGAAUGGAGGAGGUUGAUACAAGUAAUGAAUGGCUAGAAACACAUUUUGAUCAGGAAGAAAGAGAUGUCAGUCAGCAGUCAAAAGAUGUUCAUCGAGAUUUGGUAAGUGAAAUUUUUGAUGCAGACGUAAAUCAAAAACAAAAUACAGAAGCUUUUAGCGAUCAGGUGGAGCAACCUGAUAGUGAUGCCUUUGAUUCUAGCGAACCUGACAACGAAGUGAUCCUAGAGGAAGAUACUGAAAAACAAUUAGAAGAACGCAAAGACAUGAGGAAUGAUGACAGAGAAGUACACACAGGACCAAUUCAUCCUAAUGUGUCAGUGGUUCAUAAUGUCCCUCAUGAACCAGAACUGAGCACACCCUCUCCAAUAAUGCCUGAAGUUCACACUGACAGUUCAAGUGAUCCGAUGGUAGUUAUUAGACCUGCAGAUCUUCUUGAAUCAAACCAGAAUACAGUGUUUGACAGUUCUGGUAAAUUACCAGACACGGCAUCACAGAGAUCUUCACAUCAGGAUGAGGUCAACCCUCCAGAGUACAGGCAACCUCAUUUUCAAGAUAGUAGAGAUGGUGAAGCAGGGAUGGAUCAGUAUUUGGUCCAUAGGAAAAGAACUCUUAAGAAGUCUGUUGAGGCUGAACCAGAAGAAAAUGCUGAAAACCAGAGGGUUGUGAAUGAUACAACUUUGUAUGACGUUUGGCUGGUGGUGAAAGCGAGUAUUCGUCCAGGCAUCAUGAGUGUGGUACAUGAAAUGAAACCAUUACUGAGUCAGCUUCCAGAUGAUGUCCAUGCUCAGUUGCUUGCCCCUAAUCUCUGGGGUUACCCCUGGCUUGUGAUACUUCUUGGACAGUCUCUCGUCAUCUUUUUUCUCAUGAUGUUUUCUGGUUGGAUCUGUAGUGCUAAAGCUUCUAGAAAGUUGAAACAUCAACAUGCAGCUGAUCUGUUGCACCAAGAGGAUGUGCAAGCCAACUUAUAUGAUGCUUACGAUAACAUGGCCUAUUUGGCCAAAGAUUACCACCAGAAGUUCAACGAAAUAGAAGAAAAAAGUUUGGAAUUUGAUAAUAAAAUCAAAGAAGCUGAGGAUGAAAAAUUACAAUUGCAACAGGAAAUUGAAGCUAUUUCUCAAGACUCAUCUGAUUUAAGAAGAGAACAUGAGAACGUACUGGAGGAGUUAAGGCAACACAAGGAGCACAUCUCGACACUACAGAACAACAUUGAUACCGCUUCCAGUUUGAUUCAGGAUCUAAAAGCAUCUAUUGAACAGCUUGAGGUUGAGUUAAAAAGUAGCGUAGAAAAAGGAGCUCAACUUGAGCUUGAUCUCGUAACUGCAAGAGAACAGAACGAGUUACUAGAGGAGACUAAGGAACAGUAUGCACAGGAUACUGAAGGCUGGAAACAAAGACAUUCGGAAGCUCAAGGUGAAAUUGAGGCAUUGGAGCAGCAGCGGGAAGAACUGGUCUCUUCUAUCAAAGAAAAGGAAAACGAAAAUGAGGUUUUGAAGGACUGCCUUGUCCAGUUGAAAGGACUUGAAGCAGACGAAGAAGAUGGAACAGAAGGUGACUUUGAGAUGAAGAUACAGCAGUUGAUGGAUGUUUCAAAGAUUAACACUCGGUUGGCAGCAACAGAAGAAGAAAGACAACGACUAGAGAACAGCCUGCAAGAUCAAACCUCCAAAAGACAACUCCUUGAAAACCUAGUUGAGGACCUGAAAUUGCAGCUGAAGGGGGUAACAGGUGAAUUCAGCAAAGUGCAAGGGGAACAUACACAAGCAGAAACUAAGCAUGAAGUGCUACAAGAGUACUGGAAAAACAGAGAAGCUGAACUGCAGAGAAAACUUGGAAUAACGGAUGCACAGAAUAUAGAAUUGAAGCGACAGUUAGAGGAAUAUAAGAAGAAUUCUACGGAUGCACUUGAAGACUCUACUAACUAUAGAAAACAAGUCAAGAAUUUAAUGGAAGAAAUGGAGAAACAGAAGCAAAGUCUGCGUAAAGAGAUUGCCGCACAUGAACUGAAGGCACAUGACAACUGGAUUGCUGCCAAGAAGUCUGAAAGAGAACUUAAUGAAUCUAAGAGUGACGCAGCAGUAUUAAGACAGAGGUUGACAGAACUUGAAGGGCGUAAAGCACCAAAUGAGAAUGUUCAAGUAGUCAAGCCGUCCCCCUCGGCCCCCUCUCCUCACCCAUCAACAACAGGAAGAGUUGGUCAAACAAGUGACCGUGGCAGCUCAAGGCGGGGCCCAAGUAGGAACAGCAUUGCGGACAUCCCAUCCCCUCCGUUCCUGGAUAACCAUCGGCCAGGAAGUCCACGACUCCGAUCUCCCCAAGGGAUGUAUGGACCUCCACCACCACUUCACCCUGAUGACUUCCAUGGUUUUCCACCCGACUUUGGGCCACCCCCUCGUGGACAUUAUGAAGAUUACGGUCCCCCUCUUGGCCCCCGGCCGGGACCCUUUCCAGGUGAAAUGGAUAUGAGACCUCCCUUCUCAGAUAUGGAAUUCGAAGGCAUGCCUCCACCACUUGGUCCAGACCAUCCAGGAAUGUUCCCACCAUCUCACUAUCCACCUCCUGGUGAUUUGCGCUUCCCGCCACCAGAUGGCAUGCGUUUUCCACCACCAGGCGGAAUGCCACCACCAGGCGGAAUGCUACCACCAGGCGGAAUGCCACCACCAGGCGGAAUGCCACCACCAGGUGGAAUGCCACCUCCACAUCCAGGCAUGAGACACCCAUCAGGAUUAAGACAUGGCGAUGAAAGAUUCAACCAGAGGACAUCUUCACCGUCUGAGGCAGAAUUGAUGGGAGUGAUACCGCCACCAAAGGGUGUACCCCAGUCAAAGGGAGUGUGAAGUUUCCAGAAUCGUCAUCAAGACAGAUUUUGACUCACCAACUUGUGCAAUGUCAUACAUACUGUAGUUUUAAUUUCAUGUUCACAAAAUAUAUUGUAUCUGGGAUAUUUCUAGGCCUUACUUUCGGAAGGUUGUCUUGCAGUUAUCUCUUUAACAAAUUUGUUAAAAGUUCAAGUAGAUAGUUAAAAUGAUGCUUUAAUUGCUCAACAAGGGUGUGCUCAGGUAUGUGUACCUGAGUAUUGUGUGACUGUGAUCAUAUGCUGUGAUCAAAUUAUGGCUGUGCAUGUGUUUUGAUCACAAUUUUUCCUGUAAUCAUACAGUAGUUACUCAUGGGCUGUGAUUACUAUUGCCACUGUGCUGUGAUCACUGUCACUGAUAUUCAAUGAUAACAGUUACUCAUGUGCUGUGAUCACAGUUGCUCAUAUUCACUGAUAACAGUUGCUCAUGUGCUGUAAUGAAAGUUGCACCUGAUCGCAGUUGCAGAUGUACUUGUGAUUACCGGUCACAGUUGCUUGUGUGAUGGGAUCUCAGUUGCUAAUGUGGUGUCACCAAAGUUGCUCAUGUUUUGGUCACAAUUGCUCAUAUGCUGUUACCACAGUUGCUCAUGUUUUCUGAUCACUAAUUGCAGUAUAGACUCAUGUGUGAUCACCAUAGCUCAAUCAUUGUGAUCAUCAUUGGGUAUGCAGGUGUGUCAGUAAUACUGUACUAUAUAAUAUUAUGAUCAAUGGUAAUGCUUCCAUCUUUUGAAGAAGUUAAAUUUGAAAUAAUUUAAUUUUUCAGUAUUUGUAUCACUUAUUGUUAUUGAAGAAUUCCAUUAUCAUAGAUGAUGGAUUAAGUUGUUCUCAUUGUGCUACUAUAAUUAUGUUAAAAUUUAAAAGCUCAAAAAUAAAAUAAAAA